AUGUCACUGACCGAGUCUGCUGCGGUAGAUGUGGCUCGAAGCGCGUCCCUCGCGUCUCGCAAACUCGCAAUCCUCCCCAAUGCGGCUCGGAAUGAAGCCCUGACAGCACUUCACAACGCCUUGAAAGAGAACCGAGCCACGAUUCUUGCAGCCAAUGCGAGGGAUGUGGAGGCUGCCACUCGUGCCGCCAACAGCGGUGAUCUCAACCACAGUGUUUUGAAACGUUUGGAUCUGUCUCGGCCCGGCAAGUAUGACGAUAUGUUAGAGGGGAUUUUGAGUGUCCGCGACUUAGAAGAUCCUGUUGGCAAAAUUACAAUGCGGAGCCUGCUAGACGAGGGCCUGACUCUGGAAAGAGUCAGUUGUCCGAUUGGUGUCCUGCUGAUCAUCUUUGAGGCUCGUCCAGAGGUUAUUGCAAACAUCGCUGCCCUGGCCAUUAAGUCAGGCAAUGCUGCAAUCUUGAAAGGUGGGAAAGAAUCCCUAGAAUCUUUUGUGGCCAUUGCAAAUGUUGUGUCUGAUGCCAUUGCUGGCUCCCCGGUGCCAGUUUCAUCAAUUCAACUUGUCAAAUCGCGGGAUGCAGUUUCGUCUCUCCUGGCCCAGGAUUCGCUCAUUGAUCUUGUGAUUCCCAGAGGAUCCAACGAACUAGUUCGAUUUGUAAAGGACAACACUAAGAUCCCUGUCCUUGGACACGCCGACGGUCUCUGCUCCGCCUACCUACAUUCGGAUGCCAAUAUCCACACAGCAGUGAAAGUUAUUGUGGAUUCAAAAACGGACUACCCGGCCGCUUGCAAUGCGUUGGAAACUUUACUUGUGCAUGAAGAUAUCUUGGACUCCAUUUUCCCCGCCGUUGCAACCGCUCUUAUUGACAAAGGGGUCUCUCUCCGGUGCGACGAGGCAUCCAAGGCGGCUUUGUUGAAGACUUUGCCGACAGAGAAAAGCACUGGGGUGCAAUUAGCUACGGAGGCAGAUUAUGACACCGAAUUCUUGGACUUGGUGUUGGCUGUCAAGACCGUCCCUGCUACAACUUCGCCAACCUCAGCUGUUGAGGCCGCCAUCGAACACAUCAAUCUACAUUCGUCCAAGCACACCGAAAUCAUCUUGACCGAGUCCCGAGAGCUGGCGAACUUGUUCAUGAGUGGCAUCGACAGCGCUGGAGUUUACUGGAACGCAUCCUCCCGGUUUGCCGAUGGAAUGCGCUACGGGUUUGGGACAGAAGUGGGCAUCAGUACCAACAAGAUUCAUUCUCGGGGCCCCGUCGGGCUCGAGGGCUUGACCAUUUACAAAUACUUGAUUCGAGGCAAUGGUCAUGCAGCGGGGGACUACCACGAUGGCCCGGGUGGACGGAAUUAUAUCCAUUCCACCCUACCCUUUUAG